AUGGAUCGUCUACAUGUUCCAAUCAUGGCAGAUUAUCUUCUAUCCUCCAUCGCCACUUUUCACACAACCAAGAUUAUCGUCACAAAUCCCACCAAAUACUCCUUUAUUGGAUCUGUUCCUAAAACGAUGUUUGCUCGUGUCUCAGCAACAAUUAACGUUUUGCAACAAUACAGGAAAACUCUGUCUUCAGGUCCAAGGGAGCUUACGCCAGCCAUGGUUCGCUCCAUUGAAGAGGAUGACAAGCCAGCAAAAAGGGCCAAGGGGCAAACCCCUAAGAAGCGAAAGACUGACAAGGCUGCUCCAUCACAGCCUCAACCGAAGAAGCAGAAGAAGCCUGCUAGGAGGCUUAUACUCCAAUCCUCAAGUGAUUCAGAUUCAGAGUAUGUUCCUCCCAAACAUAAGAAUGCUCCUCCUUCAGAAUCUGAGAGCGAAAGCUCUGAUGAUGGCACUUCGGGCCGAGGUGAUACUCCUCCUCGCUCCCCUACCCCAGAAGUUUCGGUCCACUCUCCACCUCCUUCUCCUCCACCAGUAUCAAUCCCAGUAUCCAUCCCUCCAGUUUUCCCCAUCCCCACUACACAACCUUCUGCCUCUAUACCCAUCCAUACUCCCAUAUUCACAGACACUUCCACCACCACUACUACCACAUGGGCUCAUUCUACAUCUCCCACUCCACUUGUUACAACCGAACCAUUGGUCACAACCGAACCUCUGACUACUACAAAACCUUUGUCUCUUACUCCGUCGACAAAAACCACCCCUGUUCUAGGCGGUGAGGACUUGGAAUUUGAUUCCACAUAUUUUAGUCCUUACCGUGUGCAGAGUGAUGAGGAUGAUGAUGAGCCUGUGACCAAGUGUUAUCUCAAAGAAGCAAAUGAAAAACUCGAUUAG